AUGCCGGGGUCCAAUAAAGCUGGGGGUAGCGGGCCUUACGCUGGCCAACACACUUCGAGGGCGCCGGCGGUACCACCCCUUCCACCUCCCCACCUAUCAGCCACACGAUCCAACCCUCACCGCACCCACACAUCACACACCCACGACUCUAGAUCCAUCCUCGAUCUCCUCCGCCCGCCCUCCUCCCCUCGACCAGAUCGACGCCGCAUCCGCCCUCCUUCCCCACGACCUCGCCCAGCUCCGGCGCUCCAUCCUGGCCGCCUACCGACCCACCCCGACCUCACCACCGCAGCCCUGCCGAAUCGCUCGCCAACUCGCCUCCAAUCGACCUUCAAACCGCGCCGCCGCGAAAUCCUGCCUCGCCGCCGGCCGUGUGCAAGAUUUCGAUCUUUGGUGCGGUUCUCGGUUCCACGGCGACUGACGACGGUUUCUUGGUUUCUUGGCGGCGGUUGCUCACUCGCAGCGGCCGUGGAGCGUGGAGAUUCUACUGGCGUACCAGAGCCUCGGGGUGGUGUACGGCGACGUGGCCACGGCGCCGCUCUACGUCUUCAAGAGCGCCUUCGCCGGCGGGGACAUCGAGCAUUCGGCGGGGAACGAGAUCUACGGCGUGCUCUCCCUCGUCUUCUGGACGUCCGCGCCGACGACCACGGCAAGGGCGGCACCUUCGCGCUCUACUCCCUCAUCUGCCGCCGCGUCCGUGCCGGCCUCCUCCCGGGCGGCGGCGGCGAGCUCGCCGUGCAACCGCGCGAGGGCGCGGCGCUCCGACUCUCGAGGGUGCGCGCCGCCCUGGAGCGGCACAGGGUCCUGCAGAAGCUGCUGCUCCUGCUCGCCCUCCUCGGGACCUGCAUGGUCAUCGGCGACGGCGUGCUCACCCCUGCCGUCUCCGUGAUCUCCGCGGUGUCCGGGCUCGAGCUCUCGCUGGACAAUAAGCAGCAUGAAUGUAGUGUUGUUUGGCCGGAAUCGGAGACGAACAUGGCGGAGGCGAGCAGCAAGAAGAAGCAGCCCCCAGGUGCUCCUGGGCUUGACAGUUCAAGAUCAAGGACAUUUCACAGGUGGCGUCAGCAGACGGCGUUCACUCCGAUUACCGGCCGCUGCAAUAUAUGCCUGCGUUGGGCGUGGUCGGUGGCUGGUAUGCAAUACUAGCCAUGACCGUCUCGGUUGUUCCAUGUGACAGUAUUCUUGGUCUAUAUUCUUGUAUUCAGGAUUAUUGUAUAUAUUCUUGUGUAUAUUCAAACAAUUGAAAAUGCGUCUAAUGGGUACACCUAGUUUUUGUGUA